GUGAUCAUGUUUCCUACAAAGGACGUACAGCGUCAUUUCAGACUGGCCAAUCAAAGGCAUUCUUGUCUUUGAAGAGUGAAGAACCAUCAGUAUUUUUUCAUUCCUCACAGCAAUUUGAACACGAUGGCUUCUCCAGUGUUUGCCUUUUAUCUUACAUGUCUGCUCUUGGGGAAAAUGGCUCAGAUGGCUCAUCUGAAAACGUCCACAUCUGUUCAUCAAGAGAGACGUUUUGUAUCAGCUCAUGUUGGCGACAAGGUGGAUUUAGAAUGUUUGUCUGAAGACAAACUUGCGCCGAGGGUUUACUGGUAUAAGCACAGUUUGGGACAGAAACCAAGGCUCAUUUCUUCCUCCUAUAAAUAUGAUGCGAAUAGCACUUUUUAUCAUGAAUUCAACAACAAUCCACGCUUCACACUGGAUACUAAAAAUAGUAAAACUCACUUGAUGAUCACAGAUUUACGUAUUUCAGACUCUGCCACUUACUACUGUGUUAAAUAUUCAUAUGUGCUAGAAUUUUCAGAGAUCGUUACUGUCAGUGUAAAGGGUUCAGGUUUGAACAUCCAGGCUUUGGUCCAUCAGUCAGAAUCUGAGACCAUCCAGCCAGGAGGCUCUGUGACUCUCAACUGUAUAGUACACACUGGGACCUGUGAUGGAGAACACAGUGUUUACUGGUUCAAAAGCUCUGAAGAAUCUCAUCCAGGACUCAUUUACACCCAUGGAGACAGGAAUGAUCAGUGUGAGAGGAAACCCAACACACAAACACACACCUGUGUCUACAACUUGCCAAUGAAGAAUCUGAGUCUUUCUCAUGCUGGGACCUACUACUGUGCUGUUGCCUCAUGUGGACACAUACUGUUUGGAAAUGGGACCAAACUGGACAUUGAGGAUGAGGCGGACUCUCCUGUCUUGCUGUAUUUCUUGAGUGGAGCUUUGACAUUCACCACCAUCUUGAGUGUUUUACUGGCUUUCUUACUGUGCAAGAUUAACAAAAGAAACAGCUGCCAAUCUCAAGAGUCCCAAGCAAGAUUUUCUGCUCAUUCCACAACAAAUGUAGAGCUUUGCCAAGAUGAAGACAACCUCCAUUAUGCUGCUUUAAGUGUUAACCUGCCCAACAGAUCAAGAAGACAGAGGGACAACACUGAGAAUGAUUGUGUGUAUUCAAGUGUGAAGCAGUAGAACUUCACGUUUCAUUUGCAUUGUGUGAGUAAGAUGACUUUUUUUUUUUCUCUGAGGUGCAACAUUUAGAAAAAGAUCUUGAGAUAAGCAUCUGUUCAUAACUUCCUUUUGGUAAGAUGUGCUUAGCUGAUUUUUGUCUGAGUGAUUAGAAAACGUGCUUGGUGUUUUUUUCUUGAUCAAAUUGAAGAUUUCACUAUUGUUGACUCUUUUUUAGUUGACAAAAGUCAUCAUGGAGCCAGUUACGAUUCACAUUAGAUUCUCACACCGUUGUUUGUUUGACUAGCCAAGGCAUACUAACUUCAUGUAGACAGCAGUGCGCCAUGUUACAGUCAUUUGGCUGGCUAAUUUUUGCAAUGUGCCUUAGACUUCCACAUGUAUUGGCUUAAGCAGCAUCUGCCACCAACUACCACCUAUUUUAUGAUUAAUGGCAAACCCGCUCUACCAACUGAUCAACAGCCACCCCAAACUGAGAGAUUUUCCCCCUGUAAAAAACACAUCGCUUACACACAGCUUAUUACGACCCAGUGGUACAUUUUAUAGCAUAGUGACCCAAAACUACAUGUCUGUGUUGAAAUGACAAAGACCUCUUCAGUCCUGUGAUAAAGUGGGUGUGCCUCACCUCUUGCCCAAUGCAAGCUGAGAUUGGUUCCUCCCCCCGUGACCCCUAAGGAUAUGCAGUAUACAUCAUGGAUGGACAGAUGACAAAGACCUCUGGUGGCUGUAGUAAUUAUGACAUGAGCAAAGGAGGAAGUUGGGUGACAUCAAGACCAGUUUGGGGUGGAUGGAUGGGUUGACAAAGUAUUUAUCACCCUUACCAUGUGUCUAUUAUUAUAACCAUUGUGAAUCGAUAGAACUGGAUGUUUCAUUUGCUUUGUGUAAGAUCACAAUUUCCUCUGAGGUGUAACAUGUUGAAGUAGGUCUUGAGAUAAACAUCUGUUCAUACCUUCCUUGUGGUGAAAUGUGCAAACCCAUUUUUGUCUCUGUGUGGUUUAAAGGAUGUGUCUGGUGUACCUUGCAGACGUCCUCUAACCCCUGUGAGGUACUUUUUUUUUUUAAACCAAAAUCUAGAUCUUUCCCUAAACCUAACAUAGUAGUUUUUGUACCUGAACCUAACCAAACUUUUACCAUAGCACUGCCACAUCAUAAAAGGCUUAUUUACUUUGUAACAGCAGAGUAAUGUUUCUGUCAGCUGUGUGCACUUAACAUUUUGGGGGCAUCAUUUAGACAUCAUCUCUGGAGAAGAGGGAGGCCUCUCCACAAGGCGCUGCCUCACAGGAGCUGCAGGAAAAACUUGUGGAGAACAGGGAGGUUUCUCCAAAGAUCUCUCUGGACAAGAACAACAUGCUGUGACAGAGGGCACAGCCAUGUACACACUGGAGAUAAAAGUGACUGUCUCAAUAAAUGAGGAAGUGGAGGCAUCUGAGACAGAAAAAUAGAGUGCAUGUUUCUACUGGGCUCUAAUGUUUUCUAAGUGCAUGUCACUUUCAUUUGCAGUGCCAGUACUUUUACAUGGCUCACACACACACACACACACACACACACACACACAAUGAAAAAAAUGGCAAUUAAAAAUUAUAUUGCAGGAAAAGGUCAAAUCAAUCUCCAGCUUGUUGUGGACAUGAUGAACAAUUCCUCAUGAUGUAAUAUACUGCUGCUCUAU